AAAAGUCAGUGAGCAACGCCCAUAUUAUUCGCUCACUUGUACAAGCAAUAUAACCAAAAAAAAAAUCAAGAAGGAAGCCAAUCGUUGCAAUUUAAACGCCUUCAACUCAAAAACUAGUAUUUGGCUCAUUCUUCAACCUGCUAAAUGAUUCCUUCUUUCAAAUUUAUUUAUAAUAAAUUGCCGGACGUAAAUUCCAUUUAUCCAUUAAUUACGAUACAAUUGCUUUCUUCGAUGACGCGCCUUUAAUUGAGACCCUCUUGUUCUCAACGACACAAUUCCAAAAUCUUAUUCAUCAUUUUCCCUUAUACAAACAAACACAAUACUCUCUUGUUCUGUGCAGAUCUACAACACUUCUCAAACUCAGAAUGGGAGGAGGCGGCGAUGAGGCUGGAGGAGACGGCGGAGGAGGUGGAAGAAUCAGGUGGCGAGGCUGUUCUUGCAGGAAGAGUGACUUUCUUCCGGAGGAGUCGUUCCAGAGCUGGGGAAAUUAUGUCAGAGCACUUGGCGAGACUCCUAUGCGGUUCAAGGAUAGGUUACUGACCCGAUCCAUGGACUCCACGGAGCUCCAUGAGAUGAAAGCUCGUAGUGAACAUGAUAUGAAGAAGAACCUCACUUGGUGGGACCUUAUCUGGUUUGGCAUCGGAGUCGUCAUCGGCUCCGGUAUCUUUGUUCUCACCGGCCUCGAGGCACGUGAACACGCCGGCCCUGCUAUUCUGUUGUCUUAUGUGGUGUCCGGAGUUUCGGCUAUGCUCUCUGUUUUUUGCUACACUGAGUUUGCUGUGGAAAUCCCUGUAGCAGGUGGAUCAUUUGCUUACCUUCGGGUAGAGUUAGGUGACUUUGUAGCCUUCAUAGCUGCUGGCAACAUCCUCCUUGAGUAUGUGAUUGGUGGUGCUGCGGUGGCUCGGUCAUGGACAUCUUAUUUCGCCACUCUCUGCAACCACGAACCCGAUGACUUCAGAAUCAUAGUCCAUAGCCUCGCCGAGGACUAUAGCCAUCUAGACCCCAUCGCUGUUGUAGUUUCCUUCGUCAUUUGUAUCUUUGCCGUUCUUAGCACCAAGGGCUCUUCCCGUUUCAAUUACCUCACCUCCAUCAUCCAUGUCGGUACAAUCGUCUUCAUCAUCGUCGCUGGCCUCGUCAAAGCAGACACCAAAAAUUACAGCUCCUUUGUUCCCUAUGGCCCCCGUGGUAUUUUCGUAGCUUCAGCAGUAAUUUUCUUUGCAUAUGUUGGAUUUGAUGCUAUUUCAACAAUGGCUGAAGAAACUAAAAACCCUGCUCGAGAUAUCCCAAUUGGUCUUGUGGGUUCAAUGAUAAUAAUUGCUUUAGCGUAUUGUUUGCUUGCUGCUACCUUGUGCCUAAUGGUUCCAUACAAGCAACUUGAUCGAGACGCUGCAUUUUCAGUAGCAUUUGAGUAUGUGGGUUUGAAUUGGGCUAAAUACAUCGUGGCUCUAGGUGCAUUGGAAGGUAUGACCACUGCUCUUCUCGUGGGAGCUGUAGGCCAAGCCCGAUAUCUCACGCACAUUGCUCGUACUCACAUGAUGCCUCCAUGGUUUGCUCAUGUUAAUGGAAAAACAGGAACUCCAGUAAAUGCCACCAUUGUUAUGAUCACUGCUACAGCUAUCGUCGCUUUCUUUACAAAGAUGGAUAUUCUCGCCAAUCUUCUCUCCAUCUCUACAUUGUUCAUCUUCAUGCUUGUGGCGGUGGCUCUUCUUGUUCGCCGCUACUAUGUUACUGGGGUCACAACAUCUGCAAAUCAUACCAAGCUCAUCGUUUGCAUUUCGGUGAUUCUUGGUUCCUCUACUGCUACUGCUGCUAUUUGGGGUGCAGGAGUAGAUGGCUGGAUUGGAUAUGUGAUUACCAUACCAAUAUGGUUCUUGGGUACAUUAGCACUUGAUGUUUUUGUUCCACAGGCAAGGGCUCCGAAAAUGUGGGGUGUUCCAUUGGUGCCAUGGUUGCCAUCUGCUUCGAUUCUUAUCAACAUUUUCCUUCUAGGGUCGAUAGACGGGCCGUCGUUUGUAAGAUUUGGUAUCUGGAGUGGUGUUUUGUUGGUGUAUUAUUUCCUAUUAGGAUUGCAUGCAUCUUAUGACACGGCUCAGGGGUUAGGAGAGAACAAGGCUGGGGAUGGCUGGAAGAAGUUGGAAGAAGGUGCACCAGUGUCUUCACAGUCUGGAUUAGGAGGUGAGACUGCGAAGAAAAUAGAAGAAAGCGGGCAAGGGCCUUCACAAUCUUCUCUAGGAGAUGUAGAUUAGGGUACCAUUUGAGCCUACAAGUCCUAGUGAUGAAUGUGUUGGAAGUUUCAAAUUGAAUUUGUGAAUUGUGAUGAACGUCUAUGCAUGGUUCUAUUUGUACAA